GGCACGCACGCAGCAGCUGGGUCCAGCUGGAUGAUGUCAGUCAACGGACAGCCACCUUGAAUAAACCAACGACACUCGCAUCACACCACACCCAUGCUGGCUGGCUUGGCUGUCGUUCGCACGACAAGAGCUCUACGUCAGGGUGUUUGACACUGAAUAGGCGACGAAAGAAGCCCCACAGUUCGUGAAUGCGAGGGGUGCUGCGUCGCCUACAUCUAUUUCAAACACACCGACGGUCACCCCGCUGAAACAACAAUGCCGACAGAAAGAAAGAGCUUGCACAGAGAGAGACAUUUGCCAGUGAUCUUCCAGCGCACUGACUGACCCAUUUACCAAGCGACACACCGACAAAAAUGCACCGUCCUACUAUCACGCCUCGACGCUUGCAAAAACAGGACACACUAACAGAGGGAGGGAGGGAUGGACGAAAAAGCGUCGUGGAACCCGUUCGUCCGUCCGUCGUGAUCAACAUAAUGCAGCGCCCCAUUUGAGCAAAGAAGCACCACUUGUGUGUGUCAGUUGCCCUGGCCGGAUGCCCCGCCCGAGAUCUGCCUGGUGAUGGUGCCCAGGAGGUCCUUUCUCUCCUCUUGACGCGCAUACACAAAGUCAUCAACCUUACCACACACACACACACACACAUAUAUACACACGAGCAUAUGUGAGCAACCGAACUGUCGCUCGGCAAGUGUACUGUACUGUACCUGUUGCCUGAGUGUGCGGAGGUAGUCGAGUAGCCUGGUGAAGAACCCCACGCCCUCGGACGCGUCCGAAAACACCUCCAGCAUCGCUGUCGCAGCGCUCUCUACCUUCUGAACAUACAUACGAAAACACAACAAACACACCACAAUCCGCUGAGAACGUCUCGCUGCGUUCCGUUCCGCUCUGCUCUGCUGUGCUCUGCAGUCUUGCCUUGAGGUAUUGCGUCCGUUCGUCCUCCUUGUGUGUGGUCUCGGCCUGGUAGGCCGUCCAGGCGCCCUCGACCUCAACCCGCCCCCCGUUGGCCUUCUCGAUCGCACCGCUGACCGCCUGCUGGUUGGCCUGGAACUUGACCAACUCACGGUCGAUGACUCGCUCCAAGGGCUCGCCACGCUGCUUGGCCUGCACAGCACAGGGGCAUCAGAGACAUACAUGAAUGCAUUUGGGCAAGCAUGUGUCUGUCAUUGGAUUGGGUGCUGUUGUUGACCCACUGACUGACCCUCUUACCUCGAUGAGUGCGCUGGUGAUGUUGUCUGCGAGUACGGUGGUGCGGAAUGACUCCAUCUCCUUCUGCAGACCAUCCAUGUGGCCCUCCAGAGCCGUCAACGCUGUCCGCACCUACAGAGACAGAACAAAUGCAUUUGGAGAGCGUGUGUGUAUGGCUUAUUGCCCCCCACCCCCCCCCCGUCUGUCUGUCUGUCUGUCUGGGGUCACCUUAGUCUUUGCGGGCGAGUCCGCCUCCGCCCCAUCUUUGCCCGAUGGGAUCGUUGCCUCGAUCUCGGAGCGGUUCUUGCUCAGCAGGGGCGCCAUGGAUGCCUGCGAACGGAACUUCUCCAGGACGGACGCAUUCGCCGUCUCGGCUUGCUGCACAACACAAACACACACACCCGUCACGUCACGCCCCCAUGCCAUGGAUGGACCCAACGCACAUGCGUCAUUCAUUAGAGUACCUGCAGCUUGGUGCCGUAUUGGGUGAUCGAGUUGAAGAAGUUGCCAUUAAGCGUGUCGGACGGCAUUCUGGUCCAAGAGCCGCUGAACCGCUCCCUCCCGCUCUGGUCAUCCUUGGCCUCCUGUUCAAGCUGCUCCUUGAGCGACGCCAAAAUCGCCCUGGCCUCCUCGGUGUUCUUUUGUAAUGUGGAGCAGGUGUGAUCGAGGCCCUGCUGGCCGCCCUUGAGCUGCACCUGCUGGAUCUUGUUCCACACCGAGUCGGGGAGCUUCCCCGAUGUGCUGUCGACGGAGAAGGGCAGGCCGCGGUCGACGAGGGCCUUCUGCACCGCACCACUGCACGUGUUGACCUCUCGCUGCACCUCGGACACCAGCGACUCGCACCUGAGAACCAACGGAUGGAUGGGAGAGGGAGAGGGAGAGUGGGUGUUGUCAUGUCAUGGUGUGGUUAAGUAAGUUGGUUGUGUGAGUCGAGGUGAGGUAUCUAUCUCCCUGUGCGUGUGUGUGCCUACCUUGUGGUGUACUCGUCAGCCUUUGCCCUGACGUCUGCCGGUACAAGGCGAUCGAAGGCCUGAGUGGCCGACUCCAGGGGCUCACACAACUCCUGCAACACAUUCGUUUGCACGGGGUGGCCGGCUUGGUAUGUAUUUGUUUGUGUCGUGUCGGUUGGUGUCAGGGCGCACGCACGUCCGUACCUGGACUGUGACGGGUGUGGCCCUGACGGUGGCGAUCAUCUCCAAAGGAGGCAGCGUCUUCGGAUCGGGAACUAUCUGCAUCACACACCGACACAGACACACAGACACACAGACCAUUGACAUGCCCACAACAAGAAGGUCGGUCGCUGUGACAUGCCUGCCGAUCUCUGCCUCCCUCCCUCCGUCCCACCCCCCUACCCACCUCAAGGUAGAUGAUGUUGUUGUUCUUCUCGAGAGUGGCGAGCUCAGCGGUGAGGGUCUGCUGCAGUGUGCCGAGGUUGCAGGAGAGGCUGUUGGCCUUGGCGAUGCCGAAGGCGUGCUCGCACAGACUGGUGGCCAGCUUGAGCCGGGCUAUGAGCGACCCGAAGCCCUCGGACUUCUCCUCGACCCUCUCCUUCUCAGCCAUGGCGAACUGGAAAUGCGCCGCGGUCAGAAAGGCCUGCUCCUGCAACCUGCACACAGACAGACGAACACAUGGAUGUGAUGGAGGUCUCUUCUAUGGAUAUGCCUGCCUGUGUUGGAGGGAGGCCUCGUGUGUGUGUGUGUACCUGAAGUGUGCGGCCCAUGAGGGGUCGAUCUGUCCCGCCACUUGCUGGGCGAAGUUGAGGGCCGCGGCGUAGAACUGAGCUACCUGACAAGCCAACUUGCUCUGCGCGACACGAACGAACGAACAGCAAAGAGCAUCAUGGAGAGAGAUGUGUGUGGGCGGGGCGGGAGAGGUCAAUAAAUGGCACGGGUGCCGGCAACUUGAUUAUCAUGCAAUGCAUACCAGGAGGGAUCUGUUGAGCCUGUCCUUGACUGCCUUCUCAUAAAAACACGACUGGGCCUGCAGACAGACAGACAGACAGACAUUUCUCUCUUCAUUGCCGUACAUGUGUGCUUCCCUUGUCACGUGUGCCUGCCCACCUGUGCAAGGAGGAAUGAGAUGCACAUGCUGAUAGUGGGGUCGAGCAGGUCCACUGUGGUGGGGCCACCGAUGCCCCCGAUGAUCUGGUCGCGCAGCAGGGAAAACACUCCUGCCGCCUACAAUGCAGCCAUCCAUCCAUCGACAGCGAUAGCGACAAGCCCAUCCCAUGCACGCGCACACACGUUGACACACUUGAAGCCCUUCUCUGCCCUCUGCCUGCUGACCACCCUGCUCUGCUCUGCUGAUGGACUGGCAUAUCUACCAUACCUACCUACCAUUUGGAAGUACUUGAUGGCGUCUUUGAUGCCGUCAGUGGAUGACCUGUCAGCUGAUCUGGCCAUCAUGCUGUAGAUGGACCCCAUGUUGUACACCACACACGCCUUCUCGAACUGCCAACUCAUCAACACACCCUUCGUCUGACAUACAUAUCGACACACAACACAACCACAGAACAGACGUGUGCUAUGUCAUGUCCAGUGCUUGUGUGUGUGUGUGUGUGUGUGUGUUUGGCUCAUUGGUUACCUACCUUUGGCCUGAACGAGUCCGACCAUGCUAACUUGAGUGGCACCCCGGCCUUGGUCUCGUUGAGGGGGAAGCGCUUCUCCAUGGUGCAGCAGGCCGCCAGGUGCUUCCGCAGGAUCAUGCGGGAGUUCUCGAAACCCCCCCGGCCCUGUAUGGCCAUGAGUUCGUUCCGUGUGGUGUUGAAGGACUCGAUGAAGGGCUUGAUCUUCUGCGUCUGGUCACGCCCGAAGUUGGUGCUGCAACACACACACACACAACCAUACACCACAUCAAGACCAGCAACAGGACAUCGGUAGCCGAAUGACUUCAUGUGUGGUGGUUUCUGUGUGUCGGCAUCUGUGUUGUGUUGCUGACUUGAGGUAUGAUUCCAUGGGCCGCCAGAGGUCCACCUUGUCCGUCGAUUUCAUCUCCACUGCCAACAUCUUGCUCACGCCUCACUGCCAAAAAGUUGUUGCUCUCACUGCCGGCGUCGUCUGUCUGGUCGUCUGUUUCUUGGCAGAUCUCGACUGAUCUUCACGCCAAUCUGUCAGGAUUGCCAGCUUGGC